UAUGGGUGGGAUCACUCAGUUCACAAAAGGAAAAGACUCCCUCCGGUGAAAAGGUCUCUGGUGUACUACCUGAAAGGUAGAGAGGUCAGGAUGCAGAAUGAGUCCAGCUAUCACCGCCUGUUGCAUGGGUAUGCAGCCCAGCAGCUUCCCAGCCUCCUGAAGGAGAGAGAAUUUCACCUCGGAACCCUUAAUAAAGUGUUUGCCUCCCAGUGGCUGAACCAUCGACAAGUGGUGUGUGGGACAAAAUGCAACACCUUAUUUGUAGUAGAUGUCCAGACUGGUCAAAUUACCAAGAUACCUAUUCUGAAAGAUCGUGAACCCGGCAUGGUGAACCAGCAGGGAUGUGGUAUUCAUGCCAUUGAGCUCAACCCCUCGAGGACCCUUCUGGCCACAGGUGGAGACAACCCCAACAGUCUUGCAAUUUAUCGUCUGCCUACCCUUGAUCCUGUCUGUGUGGGAGAUGAUGGACAUAAGGACUGGAUAUUUUCAAUUGCAUGGAUCAGUGAUACCAUGGCUGUUUCUGGUUCCCGGGAUGGUUCAAUGGGUCUCUGGGAAGUCACAGAGGACGUGUUGUCCAAAAGCGAUGCCAGGCAUAAUCUCUCUCAAGUUCCUGUCUAUGCCCACAUAACACACAGGGCUCUGAAGGAUAUCCCCAAGGAGAACACCAAUCCUGAUAACUGCAAAGUCCGGGCAUUGGCUUUCAACAACAAGAACAAGGAGCUGGGAGCUGUAUCCCUAGAUGGAUAUUUUCAUCUUUGGAAAGCAGAGCACACACUAUCAAAGUUACUUUCCACAAAGUUGCCAUACUGCAGGGAGAACGUGUGUUUGGCGUAUGGUCAGGAGUGGUCGGUGUAUGCAGUAGGAUCACAGGCGCAUGUCUCCUUUCUGGAUCCAAGGCAGCCUUCUCACAACGUUAAAUCCGUCUGUUCCAAAGAACGAGGCAGUGGUAUUCGAUCAGUGAGCUUCUACGAGCACAUCAUCACAGUGGGAACAGGGCAAGGUUCCUUGUUGUUUUACGAUAUCAGAGCCCAGAGGUUCCUGGAUGAAAAGCCCCCACGUGCCUGCUAUGGACAGAAGCAGAAACUAGGAGGAGGUGAAAUUUUGAAGCUGACUACUGGUAAAGGCUGGCUGAAUCAUGACGAAACCUGGAGGAAUUAUUUUUCUGACAUAAAUUUCUUCCCAAAUGCUGUUUACACCCACUGCUACGACUCGUCUGGAACGAAACUCUUUGUGGCAGGAGGCCCACUUCCAUCAGGACUUCAUGGGAAUUACGCUGGUCUCUGGAGCUAAUGAUAACUCUUUAUAAAUGCUGAUCUUCAUACAGAUUUCCACUUUUCCUUUUUUAACAACAAAAUUGUGUGAUGCCAUUAAUUUCUGAUUUAAAUGCAAGUUAUUUUUUGGCAGAGUUUUCUGUUGGUCUCCAACACUUUCGUACAUCUUUUUGAACCAGUUUUUUGCUUUAACCUCCCUGAUCCUUUAUAUGAAGGGUUUUUAAAAUCCCUUUUUACUGUAUUUACAUCAAAUGACUCUUCUCCCACAUUUAGGCUAUCCUGGCCAUGUGCCCCCUCCCCUACUUUGCUGUGAGGUAGGAUUCCUUUCUUACAGAGUGGUUGCUCCUGGGCUUUCUGUGAAAGUCUAAGGGCUGCGUGUGUGCAGGUACUUUGUGUCAGUUACAUUACCUGGAGUGAGGACUACUUGUAAUUAAAAAAUAUUAAAAAUAUUUAUAAGAGAUAAGCUACUACUUUAUCUGCAGAGCCUGGCCCUGGACUGGGUUGAUCUUAUUUUUUAAAAGUACAAGUCUAAUGACAAUGUUUAUAUGUAGAGGAAUAUGGUAAUUUUAAGCUGUACUUACUGAAGUCCAGGGAUGGAUUCCCCAGGGAUAUUGCCCAUCAAGCCCAAAUUGCAGAAGUACAGAAGUUCUCAAAAGUGCAUUUCUAUUUGAAUUGUAGUUUCAGCAGUGUCAGGAGCAAAAAUUGAUCCUCUGUUCCUUCUCUGCCUGUCCCAGGUAUCAGCUUGCAUAACUGGAGUUUACAUAGGCUGUUCUGUGGUGUGGCUGUUGCAGGGUGACAUUACAUUCAGGGCCUGCAGAGAUGUUGAAAGGAAAUGGGG